CAUGGUAUAUCAUAUGACAUUUUUUAUUUGCUUGGCUGCGGCUGAAAAGACUCUUGGAGCUUGCAGCUAGUUUUUUUUUUAAGAAACUCAAUUGCUCACUGCAACCUCAUGAUAUCUUCGCCACAUUAAAGCAAAAAUGGGAACAGAAAGCGAAGUAAAUGCCGCGCAGGAGCCGGUGGGAACGAGAGAUGAAGCUAUCGCCAUAGUAGGCGAGGAGCAGCACUCGAUUGAUCCUAUCGUCGCGGCGCGCGCAGUUCGAAAGAUUGAUUUGUUUCUCAUCCCCGCCAUGAUCAUAGGCUAUGGCCUCGUAUACUACGACAAAGCUAUUCUCGGUUCAGCUGUUCUCUUCGGGAUGACGACGGAUUUACACCUCACAAUUGUUGAUGCAACAACUACACCACCAACAGUCGAUACCCGCCGCUUAAGCUGGGCUACGUCGCUGUUCUACUUUGGAAUGCUGGCGGGUUUGUAUCCCAUGACAUUCGCUCUUCAGAGAUUCAACAUCGGUCGUGUUCUGGGUGGUGUGGUCGUCGUGUGGGCAGCUAUUUGCAUGCUCACUGCUGCGGUGACGUCCUACCAGGGUUUAUACGUCCAGCGAUUCUUCCUCGGUUUCGUGGAGAGUAUCAUCCCCACUGGGUUCAUGUGCAUUGUCUCGGGGUACUAUACACAGUCUGAGCAGUCUUUGCGACAGAGUUGGUGGUUCUCGUCGACGGGACUGUUCACCAUUAUCGGUGGAGCGAUGAACUAUGGUUUUGCGCAGAUUACGGGCGGGGGGUUGAAGAGAUGGCAGUAUAUUUAUCUUCUUGCUGGAUCGCUCACCUUUCUUUUUGGGCUGUUCUGCUUCAUCAUGCCGAAUUCGCCCGUGUCAGCUUGGUUCCUCACCUCCGAAGAACGCUUCGCCGCUGUUGAGCGUUUGAGACAUGGACAAACUGGUGUUCGUUGCACCAAGUUCAAAAGCUCUCAACUCAGAGAAGCUAUUCUCGACGUCAAGAUCUGGCUCGUGGCACUUAUGAUGGCGUCAGCGUACACCGUCAACGGCGCCGUAAGCGGUUUCGGACCCCUCAUCGUCUCAACCUUUGGCUGGAGCACGCUGCACUCCAUCCUAUUCCAAUUCCCACUCGGCGGACUGUGUUUCAUCGUCAUUCUCCUCACAGGUUGGCUCGGUUCCAAGUUCACCAACAUCCGCAUCUUCAUGCUCAUCUUUACAUGUCUCCCCGUCAUCGCGGGUUGUGCCAUCAUUUGGAAGAGCGAGUGGAGUUAUCGCGCUGCUGCACCGGUGGUGGGAUACUCGAUUACAGGGUUCUUUGGGGGUACAGUGAGUCUGAUAAUUACUAUUGGAAUGUCGAAUGUGGCGGGUCAUACGAAGAAGAGUUUUAUGGCUGCUACGAUAUUUGUGGCGUAUUGUGUGGGAAAUAUUGUUGGGCCGCAGCUUGUUUGGAGUCAGACGAAGAAGGAUCACUAUCCUGCUCUUUGGCUGGGAUUGAUUAUCUGUUACAUCAUCUGUAUCUGUGCGUCGACUACGUUGUACUUUGUUCUGAGGAAUGAGAACAAGAGGAGGGAUGCUCUGGGUUUGGGAGAUGAGAGUGAGAGAGCAAAGUUGGCGUUCCAGGACUUGACUGAUAAGGAGAACCCUUACUUUCGUUACGUUUACUGAUAGAAUGUGGAAUUGAUAGACAUGGACAGAGAAAAGUUACGGGGAUCUGUAUGGACAGCCAUACACGAUGGGGGUUGUCUAGAGAAGCAGCUUGGACAAGCUCUAGCAGCAUGCAGCAUUGAACAGUCUGUCCAUAAAUCAUGGCAUAUCAUUAACUACCGACAAGGUACGGAGUAUCUCAUAAACAAUCCCAUGCCCUCCCCUACUUUCGGGGUGCCUCGUGGCUCCUGAUCCCAACGAUCAACUCUUAAGUGUACAUACCACAAACGACAAUCUUUGUCUUACCCUCUACAGCUUCGAAGGGGUCUCAUUGUGGUUCUUGAUCUCAACAAUCAACUUUCCAGUGUUGAUGCCCUUGUACAAGUCUACAAGAGCCUGCUCAGCGACCUUGAGGCCACCGCGAACAACAGUCUCCGUCUUCUUGAGCUUACCCUCGGCGAUCCACUGAGCCAGCUCAGCACGGGCAGCGGGGAAGUCCUUGACGUGGUCGAGGACGAUGAAGCCCUGCAUUCGGAUGCGCAUGGUGACGAUCUGGGAGAAUGCUCGGGGGCCCUGGGGCUUGGCGGCGUUGUACUGGCUGACGAGGCCGCACUCGAUGAAGCGGGCGUGUUCCUUUGCUCGCAUGAGACACAUGUCGAGGAUAUCACCACCAACUAAGAUAUGUUAGUUCUGUCAUGUUGAAUCUUCGGGGUGAGACUAACCAUUGUCGUAGUAGACAUCGAUAUAGUCCUUUGUCGCCUCAGCGAACUUUUCCUUAAAAUCAUCCGCCUUGUAGUUCAACGCAACAUCAAAGCCCAACUCCUCAGUGAGCCACUUGCACUUAUCAUCACCACCCGCGAUACCCACGACCCGCGCACCCUUGAGCUUAGCGAUCUGGCCCGCCACACUUCCGGUAGCACCAGCAGCACCCGAGACGACGACAAGCUCACCAGGCUUAGGGUCAGCGAUCUUGGACAUGCCAACCCAAGCAGUCAAGCUGGUCAUUCCCAGAGCGGAGAGCAUGUCCUUGGGGUCUUGGAGACCGGGGUACAGGGAUGCAGGCUCGAAACGACCUUCGGGGAGGAUUGCGAAUUCAGUCCAGCCUGUUAGGGCGGAGACGAUGUCGCCUUCUUUGGCCUGCUUGCUCUUUGAGGCGAGGACGCGGCAUGCGCAUGACCCACGCAUGGUUUGGCCGAUUUGAACGGGGGGGAGAUAAGAUCGCAUGUCUGGGGUUGUUAGUACAAGAUAACUAUGUGAUACAAAGGAACGAAAACGUACCUCGGAGCCAGCCUCGCAUGGCGGGGUCGAGAGAUAGGUAGAGGGUCUCAACGAGGAUUUGGCCAUCUUGGAGAUCCGCUGGUGUGGGAGCUGGGGAUGUCUUUUGGGUGAAGGUCUGGCCGGGGAUGAUAUCGGUGGUGGGACGCUCAGCGAGCACGAUGGAGAGGUUAUCACGGGCCAUUGUGAAACAGUUGUGAUGGUGGUGUUGUUUAUUUGAUGGAGGUAGGGGUUGUUUUGUGUAAGGUAGUGUUGGUGUUGGUUGGUUGUGCUGUGGAAUGUUGAGCAACAGCCGGGUUUGUGUCUCUCGAUCUAAAGUAAGUCAAAGUUGUAAGACAGUAGGUCGAUCUUUCUGGUGUUUAUACCAGGUGGCGUAAGUGUAUCUUUUUCAAAAUGAUGAACAACGAGUGUAUCACACACUUCUUUUUUCGUCCACUGAAUGAGAAAGUAAACAAAUGAUCUAAGUUAGUUAGUAGUUGUAAUCAGUCUCAACAAUCCGGGGACUCACGCCCUUUAGUACCUCA